UUGCUCUUUUUCAGUGCUAUGUUGUGUUGACUUUACAUAAAAACUAAGUCAAUCUACGGUUGAACUUAUCGAAAAAUUCUCUAUGAUAAUAUUCUAAAGUUUCAUUUUUUAAAUUUGUUUCGUAUAGAGAUUUAUACAAGUACAAGCAUUCCUAUUCUCAGUGAUCUGAUAUUCGAAGAACUAAACAAUGUCCUUAUAGAACUUUUCUUUCUUUCUUUAUCUUAUCGAUUAAUUUAUUAAAGAAAAUUAUGAAGAUGUUUGUUGAUCUUUUAAUAUAUAAAACGUUUUAAGUUUGUUCAACACUUUGAAACAAUUGCUUUUAUAAUUAUAUAAAAAUUACUGAAGAAAAGACAUUAAAUCCCAGAACAAUUCACCACCACAUUGUAGUACUAUUUCUCAUUCAAUUAAAACAUUUUUUUUUCAUUCAACAAUACUGAUUACUAGGUAGAAUCUUUCAAAAGUUAUUAAACGAUUAAUUGAUGUUCCUGUUCGUUAGUGAUAAUACAAGACAGAGCAAAAUAUUUCUCAGAUAGCAGGACUAUACUUAUAAUUAGCAUCAAUAAUAAAUUUUUUUUGUUAUACGUCAUUUGCUAACACACAGUUAUAUUUCUUCGAUACCGAGACAUACAAUAAUGAAAACAGUAGGUGUUCAAAUUUUUUCUGUUAACCUCGGCGACAAACGUGACAGAGAAAAAAACUCAUAUACUUCUUUUUUAUUGUUGCAAUCCUUAAUCAAUAAUCAAACAAUAUUCUUUUCCUUCUAUAAUUCAUUUUUGUUAAGCCAUAAUAUAGAAAAUUAUCAUAGAUCGAUUUGCAAAUUGAAUAUUUUCCUUUAGAAAAAUUAUUUUUUGUUAAAUCGUAUAUUAAAUUGACAUAAAAUUUUUACAUUCUAGUUGUUGGUUUUCUUAUGAUAAUGCAUUUAUAUGGGCAUUUGCUAUUCCAUUUGUUCUUCUUAUUCUUGCUAAUAUUUGUUUUUUUAUUAUAUCAAUAUAUACAAUUUGUAAACAUCUUAAAACUUCUAAGUUUUCGAAAGAAAUUAAAUUUUCUUUACGUGAUAUAACAGCAUUAUCAAUAUUAUUUGGUUUAAUAUGGUUAAUUGGUUUAUUUCAUCUUUAUGAACAAAAUUCAAUUAUUGUUUCAUAUGCAUAUACAAUUUUAAAUUCAUUUCAAGGUUUAUUUAUAUUUAUAUUUAUUUGUUUAUUAAAAAAAAAAAUUCAACAUUUUUAUAUUUAUCGAAUUUUCAAUAUUUAUAAAAAAUCAAAUAUUGAAGAGAAAUCAAAUCAACAUUAUAAUACAAGUAGUAGUGGUUAUAGUUCAGCGCAUUCAUCUGAUUUAAAUAAACAAAUUUUAUCAUUAGAUCAUCAAUCAUCAUUUUGUACAAAUGCAGAAUAUUUAUCAAGCAUGCCUAUUGGAUUAUUAAGUACAUUUCGUUAUCCAACAUCAAAUAUAACAUUACCAAUAAAACUUGAACAAAAUGAACAAUUAUUGAAAAAUUAUAAAAUCGAUUCAUAUCAUCAACAUGAUGAUCAUCAGUAUUAUGAAAUUGGUUAA